ACCAACCAUACUAUUACCCAACCCACCCCGAUGCAGACCCCAACGUUGCCAACGGAAUGCCCCCCGGGCCUUACAUGAUGCCUUUCCCCCACCCUGGUCUCGUAUAUGCGUACCCACCCCCGCCCCCAGCGCCAGGUAAGCCCCUUGACGAUGUAUUCGGGCCUGCUGACACAGAUAUUGAUCUCUAGGCUACGCCCCUAUGAUGUCCCCCCCUGGUAAUGCCACGCGUCCCAAACGCAAACAGGUCAAGAUGGCUUGUACGAACUGUGCAGCCGCAUGUAAACGCUGUGACGAAGCUCGCCCGUGCGAACGAUGCGUCAAGUAUGGAAUCGCGGACUCUUGUGUUGAUGGCGUCAGGAAGGAGCGGAAGAAAGGCAUCAAACGAGGUCCAUACAAACGUAAAAACAAACUGGGCCCCCCAGAGAACCCGGCCUACCCUGGAUAUUCCAACGGCGAAAGCCAGUGGGCUCCCGAGCAGACCAACGGUGGCCCUUCCAACACGCCCGCAAUGCUCCCGCCCCCGCAGUUCAUGCCAGCCCCAGAGGGCUAUUAUCCUUACUAUUACCCACCUCAUCCGGGCUACAUGUCUGCCCAGCAUGAUCCUCACGCUAAUGGUGAUCCUGGUGCAAACGCUCCGCCUCCACCCCAUCCCACAUUCUAUCCCCUCCAUCCAGCAUACCCGCCGAUGCCGAUCUACUCUUCUAGUUACAUGCUCCAACCUGGCCAGCAAGGGCAAGGGCAAGGUCAAGUCGUAGAGCCAGCGGAAGUUGCAAAGAACGGGCAUGGUGCUGUGCGUGGGGCAUCUGACAGUGGGGUGGCCGUGGGGGCCAGCGGUGCUGAAAAGAAGAAAAGGAAGAGGGGAAAGGCUCCGGAGGAGCAGAGCGCGACGCAGGAGAAGGCGCCGAAGAAAGGCAAGCGCGCCGACGGAACGGAGGGGAACGGGAGCGUGGAGGCGGAAAGGCGCGACGAGAUGUUAACAGUUGGCACGCCAGCGACAGCAGGAGCGAGUUCAGAAGGGGGCGAUAGCAGUCCCGUCGUGUGCUCGGCGGUCCUCAGCGGCACAGACGCCCAUCCCCCCGUCAUUGCAGCGGUCUAGCUCUGUCCCUGUCCUGCCUUGCCCUGCCCCACUAUGCUCCACCAUCAUCACCACAAAUAUCUAGCCAUCGGUGCGCCUUCGAUAUGCUGUAUCCCCUGAAGUCUCGGUGCUUUCUAUGUUUAUCCUUGUGCAUUCCUUGUCGGGGACUUGAUCUAUCUAUCAAUCACGUCUUGCACUGUCUUGUUCUGUCACAUCCCGCAGCCCUCGCCUACGGAAUUUCAGCUCUCUAUUCUUCUCAGUUCGACUCGCAUCGUCAUCCGUAUAUUAUUCGUCCACCACUGAUGUCCCGACGUGAGUGCUGGACUAAUGAAUACGGAUCCUGCAUGGCGGGAAGAGGUUUCUCAUCGUCUGUCCAAUUUGAUCCCUAGUCCGCUGUCCGCAUCUCCUCGUUAUCGACGCAAUCCUGAAUCCAGUGUUGCAUUGGCUAGUUAUGCUGUCUGCUAUUAUUUUAUAGAACGCUCCCGUGUUUGAGAUGCAGCCCGUGAUACUCGAGGACCGGGAUGUGGUUCUGGAUUGGCUUUUUCUGGUAAUGCAUGUGGCCGAAUCGUCUAUUUAUUCGUGUGCGCAGUGUGUCAUCGCUACGGCACUCGCAGUGCUAGGCUUGCUAUUGGUGACUUAUGGUUACUCCAUCGUGAUCGCCGUUUGUUCGACAUGUACACGUACGCUGAAAUCGACUUAUUAUUU